AUGGCUUACUAUGCAAUUGCUCCUAUUGUGUGUGCACUCCUCCAACGUGAGCUAUACAUGCACCUAUACAUAAACCAAGUAUGGGACGGGUCAGAUGCUACCCUAGACCAAAUACGUGUGAUAAAUUCAACCAUCCCUGUGACAGGAUUUGGUACGACUGUGGUUCAUGACUGGCCGGUUACUGUUGGAGUUGAGGCGAAUGCAACUGUAGUUGGGCACGCACGAGGUCUGCAUAUCCAAUCUAGUCAUGAUGGUGUUUCUGGUUGGUACACCUCCUUCAUCUUAAUGUUUGAGGAUAAAAGUUUCAAAGGGUCCACACUCAAGGUGAUGGGGAUUACUCCACAAGAUGGUCAGUGGAGCAUUAUUGGAGGGACAGGAGAAUUUGUUAUGGCACAAGGUGUUAUUGACCACAAAAUAGUCAAGCAAGGUAUCUCGAGAAUCUAUGAACUCAACAUCCAUGUGGUGUACACUCCAAUGGACUCUUCAGUGUUUGAAUGUAAUUCGUGGAAGCUCGGGCCUCCACAAGGCGGUAUUGUGAUGUGAGCAUAUAUAUGGGAGUUUGCCAAUGGAAUAUUCUCCAU